GUGACCAUGCCCCCGCUGGAGCUCGAGCUAAAACAAAUGCGCCAUGGCAACUGGCCACCCUUGACACCAGUGUCAAGGCGCAUCGUGCCUUUCGAUCGGCAGGUAGAAUUGCCAAACAGAGCUGGUAUCAAGGUCACCGAAGAGCACCUUGAGCGUGCCUUAUCGUUGAUGCCUACCCACAAGGCAGUUACUCCUGAGCUUUGGCACAAAGCAUGGUUAGCCUUGUCUCUAAUCGAAUGGUCACAAAAGUCCUGCAGGCACACUGCCAACACGUCAUACACCUUUGCUCUCCGGACCGAUGGACAGUUCGAGAAGCCCGAGCAGGGCUACCGCGGCCCAAACAACAUGCCGGCCCUCGAUGAUGCGGGUGUCCCCAGUGAGUUAAAGGACCACCUCCUUGAGUGGUACCGGAAUAUCCACUAUGACUUCACUAUUCAGGAGAAGACCUUCUUCGGUGGGGUGUGUCCAUCGCUCGUACCUCCAGUGACCAAACGGGAGAGAGAAGAGGACUCGCCAGAGAUGAAGAAGGCCCGGCUGGAGGAAGCCGUUCGCCCGUGGGUAAAGCAGAAUCCACCCAAGGGCAAAGGGAAGGGCAAGGGCAAGGGCAAAGGGAAGGGAAAAGGAGGGCCGACCUCAUGGCGUACUUCCAGCGGGUGGACUCAGGCCGAGGAUCACCAGGAUCGUCGGUGGGGAGGAUCCUGGGGACAGGACAUGGAUCUCCAAGAUCUCCAAGUCACGGUGCAGCGCCUGAGUCAGCUGACGCUGCGCCACGAAUAUGCAUUGGGGAACCUUCGCCAGGACACAAGCAUGUGCUUGUUUGUCAAGCCGGGGGCCGAAGGCUUGAUUCCAAUCCUGUUCUCUGCGUCGGAAAAAUGGAAUCGGACUCAAGAGGAGAAUCCACAGCUCAUCGACUCGUCACUCAGGAUUGUGUUGAUGAAGGCCUUCCUCAUCGAGCUCUGCAAUCGACUGGCCAAUACUGCCAAAAACGAGGAAACGAUGCAGGCAGCCAAAGCCAUGGGUUGGUUGACAGAUCAUGGGGAGUGGAAGACUCUCAAGUGGGAUCCAGUCCUGGAGAAACUGCAGGAGGUGCCGGAUGCACCCACCAAGCCGACGGAGCGACUGAUUCUGGAGGCCAACGAACUUCGGAAGACCAUCAAUGCAGAGAAUCUCUACAGAUUCCAGUCGAUCUACGGGCUUCGCAAAGAUCAUCAGACCUCCUGGGUGAAAUUGGCGAUCGAAGUGUCGCUUCGAAACCAAGGAGAGCAGGUCUGGGACAUUCUGCAGGGGUGGAUCGGCUCGGCGGCUUUGCAUACCAUGGGAUGUCGACUCCGAAAGGAGAGGGGGGGCCUGUCCUACCAGGCACAGAUGCUACGAUGGUGUACAAGCUGUUAUGCAGUGCCUCCUUUGGCCGUUUUGGUGCGAUACCCAGCGACA